AAGCUCCCGAUUAAGGAAAAUAUCAUUUCUUGUAGAAAAUUUUACAAAAAUGAAAGGUCUUAUCCUUGUUUUCGCCGUCAUUGCUACAAGCUGUUUUGCUUCAGUGAUAGAACAAAAUUAUAGCGAUGCUGUUAGAACCGCAUGGAAGGUUUGUAAGACUGAUGAUAUGUCGGAUGAAACGUACUAUAAUAUGACAGAGGGGCAACAAAUGCCAAAAACGAAGCCAGAAAAAUGCUUUAAAUAUUGUUUGUCAAAACAAUUGGGACAUAUGGACGGCAAUACAGUAAAUUCACAGGCAGUGAUGGAUUCUAACAAAAAACUAUUUACCGAUCCCAAGGAUGCAGAGAAGGUUAAUGGGAUGUGGAACGUUUGUCUGACCACUGUCGGAAUAAAGGAAGACGAAUGUGAGACCUCGAGUGCACUUACCGUUUGUUUGAUGACAGCAGUCCUUUCUGGUGGCUUAUCACUUCCAUCCAUGGCCCCUCCUGGCCAAUCUUAGAAA